AUGUUGCUGCUAGCGGAACGAUACGGACUGGACGUGCUCAAGAUGGUUGCAAGCGGAGUGCUGGUGGAUCAAAUAAUCGCUCACUCGAAUCCACCUGGAGAACUCGUCAGUAUUACGCAUCAGCUAAAGCGAAUGGCCAGCGAAAUUCAUGACAGCUUGCCUACCGAUCCAUCUACCCCAGCUGAAGAAACGCUUGUUGGUUCAGUGGUUGAAGAUCUUCAAUCGUUGACUCGACGGGUGCGACGAGUUUCGUUGUCACAUUCACCCUCUUCGACAGUGUCGAGCCCGUCCUGCACACCACCCGGUGGAGCGACACCUACCGACGAAUCGGCUCUCUCACCUGCAGCCGUGUCGCCGACGGUUCGGCCUUUUGAUGCAAACGUGACGCCCAGUCGGUUCAAGCGGAUCGAAUUAUUCUAA